CUAAAAUAUAAGCAUUUAAAUGUGACCAUCCGAAAAAAUGAGUCAAAGAUAACAUACCACAAUAGUCAUAUCGCAGUUUGUGAAAAUUAAAAAAAAAAGUGAACGAGGUUGCUUGACUGCGUGUCACGUUUAUUCUUUGGCAGAAUAAUAAACGCGUUGCCUUUAUUUUGCCAUAGUCUUGGCGGAAUACUAGUAAACUUCGUAGUGCAUUCUAUGGUUAAAGUGCUUAUUAUAAAAGUUUGUGUUGUGGUGGACUGCUGAAUUUCGUUAAAUAACUAUUUCUUCUACCUGCCGUUUGUACUGUGCGACCGUGAAGGUUGAGAAUGUUACGUCAUUUUACUCUGUAGUGUUUGAUAUGAACUAAAACAUAUUUUCAAAUAGUGUUGCUGUGCUGUUCUUCUUAUGAAUUAAUGUUUUUGUUUUAAGGUAAAAAGUUUUGCAUCGGAGUUUGCUGGUAAUCGGGUGUAGCCACGGAUCGUCACGAUACGGCGCUGAAUGGCGCCACGCACGUCAAUGACAUAUUUAUGCAAGUCCUGGCCAACGAAAAUGCAAGAAUUGAAUCCUGUGACCUCCAACUGGGAGACACAUGGAGGGGGAUGCAAGGCAAGAUGAGCGUGACUGCGCCAGUUAAGAAGAUAAGAAAAAAGUCUGGCAAUCAGCCUCAAUCUCAAAUAAACAAGUGCUUCAACGAGAAACGACGCAGAGAGCUUGAAAACGAAGUCAUAAAUCAAUUGGAGGAGUUGUUGGGCACAUGUUUAGCUGAAGUGAAGCAGCCAGAUAAGAACGGAAUUGUAAGAGAAGCAACGCGACAAAUUCAAGACGUGUUGAAUCGGCGACGCGAUUGUCCCAAUGAUUGUCCACUACGCGUGAACCAAUGCCUGUCCCCUGUGCAAGCCGGCGAAGUCAGCUCUACCCAGCCACAGCCGCCAGCAGCCGGAUACCAGUACACAGAAAUCAGUACCCUCAUAGAGGCAGUGAAACAUUACACGGGUGUUCUGGGGUUGAUUUUGAUGGAAAUCAACUCGAAAGGGGAAAUAGAAUGUGUAACUGAAAAUAUUAAGGACUUAAUCCUCACUGAAAGAACGGAGUUGUAUAAAAAAUCUAUUUUCUCGCUCUUGCAUGUAGAUGAUCAUGCAAAACUUAAACCUUUGCUGAGGAAUAUUCAGACUUUUACCUGGGGCUCCACGGACUCUGAUAAGUUCCAGAACAUACAAGCGCGCUUUAUUGUUAAGGACUCCGGUGUGACCGAUGGUACCAGGUUCGUGGAUAGCAUAAUUCACGCUGCGCCGGUACGCGGCUCAUCCACGGAGGAGGCCGGCUCCGUCAUGUGCGUCAUUCGGCGCUGCGAGUCGGCCGCUAUCUCCAACGACGGCGGACCAACCAUCGUCUUCAGAUUGGACUGCAAUUUCAACAUUUUAUCUUGUGAUUUGUCCGGAGUUGAAAACUGUAUAAACUCUCCUAUCUCUUUAGUUGGUUCUCAUUACUUGGAUCUAGUCGAUAAGAGUGAUCGCAUAAUCGUAAACGCACACUUUCGAGAGGUAGUGUGUCGCGGCGGUAGCUUAGUGGUCAGUGAUCCUUUCAAUUUACGAAUCGGCGGCGAAGCGCCUCGGUUCAGAGUCAGUGCUCAUUCGCGUCUUUUCCCCACCGCUGGGGAGCCGGACUUUAUAAUGUCGACGAAUACUAUUCUCGGCGACGACGAUGUCGAUCUGUUGGACGCACCGUCUAGACCGCCACUGGGCGGGCCGCUCAUGACUUCCGUCGUCAACGGCGAGUCGUCCGUCUCGGAUCCGCGGUACCGUUCGCCCAUCCACCCGAGCCCUGACCCCGAAGGCCAGUUCUCUAUGAACGAUUUCGAUCUCGAUUCGUGGGCUCCGUCUUUCUCUAUGGGCGACAUGACGAAUGAAGAUUGUAAAGAGCGGAAGGUGUCCGUCUCCGAAGAGUCGGCGGCGCCGCUGACCCCGCGCGCACCGUCCACGCCGGGAGAGGGCCCGCCGGCGCCGCUCACGCCCCACACGCCGCUCACGCCGCUCACUCCGCACCCGCCGCCUAUGCAAGAGGAACCUAACAGAUUGCGGACGUUGCUCAGCAAAAAGAGCACGUCGCAGGCCGACAGCGUUCCCAACACGAACAAUCGUAUUCUCAAGGAUCUGCUGAAGCAGGAGGACGAGGAGGCCACCGGCAGCGAGACGUCGGCGCCGCACACCCCGCACACGCCGCACACGCCGCUGACGCCGCACACGCCGCACACUCCGGCUUCCGCGCUGUCGCCGCUGCACAGUGCGCAGGCGCACUCGCGGCCCCCGCCACAUCACGCCCAGCAUCAGCCUCCGACUUCACAUGCAGCUCAACAGGCGCCGCAUCAUAAUAAUCAGUUGUUAAGGAUACUGAAUGAUAAAUCUGAUGAAGACGGAGAUGAAAGAAGAAACUCCUCAGAUUCCCGCAAUACGUCGCAGCCUAGCGCGUUAUUGACCCAACUGUUAUCAGGCAGUAACGGACCUUCUGGUAACGGCCGAACUCAAGAUGGCAAUGAUUUGUACCUGGAGAGACUAGCAGGAAUCAAACGAAAAUUUGAGGAGUCCAAAGCUGCUGCGACGAAUCCAAAACGGGCUACACCUGAAAAUCAGCAGGUAUCGUCGAGCGCGGUGCCGUGCUCGUCGAGCGCGUCCCCGAGCGCGGCCAGCCCGGCCACGAGCAGCUCGGGCAAGAGCUCGCUGUGCCAGAAGAACCAGAUCCUGGUGUCGCUGCUGGCGCGGCAGCAGACGACGCCGCCGACGCCGCUGCCGCUGCCCAGCCCGAUGCUGCGCGCCUACCCGCCCUCGCGCCCGCGCGCGCCGCUGCAGCACCACCCCGCGCACGCGCCGCGACACCCGCACACGCUCUCUAAUAUAUUGACCACCAACAACCGCGGCGGCAACGUGAACGGCGGCAUCGGCGGCGGCGAGGGGGUGGCGAACGCGGGCGGCGGCGCGGGCGCGGGCGCGCAGAGCCACCUGCAGCUGGUGCUGCAGGGCGCGCGCGGCGCCUACCCGCCCCCCGCGCCGCCGCACCCCGCCGCGCCGCCGCACCCCGCCGCGCCGCUGCACUACGCCGCGCCCGCGCCGCACCACGUGUACGCGCAGCCGCCAGGGGGCAAUACACGUUUGCAAAGUGGCAACAACGGUGACAGUGAAGCGCACAGUGAUAAAACUCUUUCUGAGAUCUUAGACGAACUCAUAGAAACUAACGAGCGCGCUAAUGCACCUGAACACGGCGGCCUAAUGGACCUUGAUAGUACACGACCUACUAGAAAUGACUACCAGGGCGUCAAGGAAAAGAACGCGGCAAUAAAUGCCAUUACUCAGAGCCUUAUGCAAUGUGAAACUGUUAGUAAGAGCCCAGUCUCUUCAAGUCCCGCUCCGCCUGUGUAUCCUGUACAGAGUCCCGGCACGUGCACGAUGAGCGGCGCGGGCGGCGUGGCGGGCGGCGCGCUGUACGGCAUGCAGCGCGGCGACAGCGCGCAGUCGGCCCGCGCGCGCGCCUUCGUCGAGCAGCACCGCGCGCGCCUGCUGCACAUGCAGGAGUCGCAGCAGAUGCUCGUCUCGCCUGAGGCUGCCGAACAGCCUCAAACGGACCUUGGUUCGACAAUUAACGCUCUCGUGUCUGCGACUCCGCCUAAUGUUACUUUGUUGCCGAGAGCUGAUUAUCAUCACUUAUAUCAUCCGACCAGUCAAAUGGGUUCAAGCUAUGGUACAAAUAAAAUUGUAACCUCUCAACAAAACUCCAUGUUGAGUAGGCAACUUCAUAACGCCGGCGGCGGCUACGGGCCCGGCGUGUCCGGCGUGUCCGGUGUGUCCGGUGUGUCCGGUGUGUCCGGUGUGUCCGGUGUGUCCGGCCACGGCGCAGCGGCGCUGCACACGCCCGUCACCCCGCAGCCCUACCACCGCGCGCCCAGACCGCAUCUCGUGGGCGGCUACUAUGAGGAGAGCGAGUACUGCGGCGAGUACGUGCGGCGGGCCCCGCACACGCCGCACCCGCCGCACCCGCCGCACCCGCCGCACACGCCGCACCCGCCGCACACGCCGCACCCGCCGCACGCGCCGCAUGUCUCGCCGCACGACCACCUCUCAUAUAUGGGGGGAGGUGCGGGCGGUGCGGGCGGCGCGGGCGGCGCGGGCGGCACGUCGGAGUACGUGCGCAACGAGCUGCGCGCGGUGGUGGGCGCGCGCUCGGCCCGCCCCGACAUGCACGCCGUGCACGCGCCCGACCUCGACCCGCUGCUCACCUUCGACAUGUCCGCCCCAGGUGGCGGCAGUGUGGUGGGGGGCCGAGCGACUUCGGCGUCGACAAACACGUGGGAGUCGCAACAGAGCACACCGGUAAGCGUGGGACGUGACCAGCGAGAUUCAAUCAUUUAGUCACUCAACACUACUUUUCUAUAGGUUUCAUUAUUUUUCGUAGAGUACAUAAUUAUGAUUAUUACAUAUUGAGUCUGCUCUGCUGCGUGUGUUGUCGAACGAUCAUUUUGAUUUAAAUAGGCUGAUUACAGAAAUGUGCCAACGUUAGCCGAUGUAGAUUUUUAUGCAGCGAAUCGUUCGGUUUUUGGUACAUUCGCAACGCUAUGUUUGGCGCAUUUCUAACGUUAAUUAAUGAAGCUUUUGUGAUGUGACAAUUAUUAUUCCUCAUACUAGUUUUUACUACUUGAAUAUAUAUAUAGAAUAAAUAUAUUAGUAUAUUUUUAAUACAGUCAUACGCUUUUUAGGUCUUUAAUAAAAUUUCAGCUUAAUAAAGGAAAUGGGGUAAUUCGCAUGCGCAGUUGGUGAAGGUUUUCUACAGGACUGUAGUUUAAAAAGAUUUUUUGUAUUUUGCAAAUAGAUUGCUUUUGUUUGGCUUCUGAAAUGAUAUUAUAGCAUACGAAUUAUUUCGUUUAUCGAGUGCUGUUUUACUAUAAUGAUUAUUACCAAUGCAUGUUAAAUAUAAUAUAUUUUAAGACUGAAAUCAAUAUAAAAGAAGCAAAAGCAAUAUGGUGACAAAAUGUCCUGAAUGUCAAACGACAUCUAGAUAAGUUUUUUUUUUUUCAUAAAAUAUAAUAGUAAAGUCCUUCGACCAGAUCUUGUUUUUAAUGCUUUUAAAGCACGCUUUCAUUACUCACAAUGUCACGUGUGUUAUCUCUUUUUAAAUGAAUUUUACUGAUUAAUUACUAGCUUUCCAUUCCCAUUUUAUUUCACUAAAUGUUAAAUACAUUAAUGAUUCACGUAAAUUCUUUUGAGUUAAACUUAUGAGACAUGAUGUACGAAACAAUUUAAAAGUCCACGAAGAUGUCGACUUCUUUCGUACGUGGUUUCUUUCCAAUUUCCUAUCUUUAAACAAAUUUAUUUUGUGCAGAAAAACCUCCGUAAUCUAAAACUUGCGACCUUACUAAUUUAAGUGUUUACUUCCUGCUCAUUUGAUACUGCCAGAUAAUUUAAAGUGUCAUAAUAAGGGGGGGAAAACAAAAAAAAAAAAAAAACAUAACAUUAUUAACAUAAUAUCAUUAAAAACAUUGGAUCAAAUAAGUCUACGCAACGAUUGCGCAGACAGAGAGGCGGGAACGUGUUGAGAGCACGCACUGAUGGUGUUUGGUGUGUCGACAGAGUAUUACGGA